AUGUUGACGGCGUCUGGUCCGCCUGCUGUGCCUGGGGGUGCCCUGGGUCGCUGGAGGUGCCUGGGAGGUGCCCUGGGUCGCUCGGGGUCCCUGGGAGGUGCCCUGGGUCACUGGAGGUGCCUGAGAGGAGCCCUGUGUCGCCGCAGGUGCCUGGGAGGUGCCCUGGGUCGCUGGAGGUCCCUGGGAGGUGCCCUGGGUCGCUGGAGGUACCUGGGAGGUGCCCUGGGUCGCUGGAGGUACCUGGGAGGUGCCCUGGGUCGCUGGAGGUACCUGGGAUGUGCCCUGGGUCGCCUGCGGUCCCUGGGAGGUGCCCCGGUUCGUAGGUCCCUGGGGUCCGGUCUGAGAGACCUGCGGGGCCAAUCCGAGAGAGUGUCCGCUGGAGAAGGUUCAUCAAAUGAUGAUGAGGACUUGGAAUUAGCCCAUGAUGAUGUUGCCAGUGACGAGGAUGACCGUGAUGCUGCUCCUGAGGAUGUGGGCUUCUCAGAGACCCGGGCAACAGCCCUAUCCCAGAUGAGACAAGCAAUUACACAGAUAAAAGAGGAAAAACUCCAAUUGAAAGCAAAUAGAAAACAGAGAGAUGAAAAGUUUAGGGAACAAAAGCGGAUAAAGUUGGAAGCUGUGUCUCGCUUGCCGGAUGAAAUUCUGAACAGUCUUCCAGAAAAACUCAGUGAGGAAAAGAAGGAAACAGAUAAAGGAAAACAGAAAAAGAAGGAAAAAAAGAAACAUGAAGGCAAAAAACAGGAUCAUUGUAUAAAGAAACAGUCGACUGUGUUUGAAGAAACAGAAGACUAUCUACCUCUAAAGACAGGUUUCGUUGCCAGUGAGACUGGCAUAAAGGCUAUGCCAUUGAAAGACCUGAGAAAGAGAAUGGCCAUAUCUCAAUCUGCUGCAAACUUCAGGAAUUCUCGUCUCUACGGUGACCACAGAAGGAGAGAAUCAAAUGUGUUCCUGCCGUUGGCUCUUAGCAGGGUGUUGAGGGAGUUGGAGCUGGUGAAGUUGGUGUCGAUGUUGGCUUGCUGUUUGAGGAGGCGGCUGAUGAUGUGGGAGGCUUUUCCCUAUGAACGGGAGGGCGAUGCGGAAGGGCGCUGA